GGAACUGCGACGGUUGUUGAUUCAGGUAGGUCAGGCGCAGCCGCUCAAAGUAUAAACAGCGUCGACGACUUUCUCUUCCUUCCAUGUCGUCAAAAUGCGCGAGCUUUAUCAUCAAUGCGCAGGGGUCUCUGUCUGUCUCUGUCCUUUCUUUAGCUCCGCUUUAACUCUCGACCCGUCCUUGUUCGGGAGUCGACGCAUGCUUUCUCUCUCCUUUUUCGCUUCGCCUCCCUCUUUAUUCCGCGACACCCGCCAUUGAAGAAACCGCUUCGCCUACCCUGUCCUCCUCCUGCCAUUGAUCGAUCCAUCAGGUCCUAACUCACCUCGAGCGCCUCUUUGGAAGCUAAAUACUUCGUGGGUAUCUCUCUUUUGUCGUCGGGACGUUCUUGAUCUGCGGUAUUUGUUUGGUUAUUGGGGGUGUGUGCGUGAGAAAUGCUUGGGAUCGAGUAAAGCGCACCAACUCUUCGUGUUUUUUCGUCUUGCUGAGCUGACUGGUGGUUUUGUUGUAAGAUUCUGGAUUCAACUGCUGUUGAAAAAUCCUUCCUUGUUGGCAUAUUUGUCUUCUUGAUGGCUCCUACGUACUUUCCUCUUCGGUGGGAGAGCACCGGGGAUCAAUGGUGGUAUGCGGCCCCCAUAGAUUGGGCGGCUGCGAAUGGCCACUACGACCUGGUCCGCGAGCUCCUUAAGAUCGACAACAAUCACCUCAUCAAGCUCACGUCCCUCCGCCGGAUCCGGCGGCUCGAGACCGUGUGGGAUGACGAUGAGAAGUUCCACGACGUCGCCAAGUGCCGGUCUCAGGUCGCACGGAAGCUCUUUCAGGAGUGCGAGUCCAAGAGGGGCAAGAAGAAUUCCCUCCUCCGAGGCGGCUAUGGCGGGUGGCUCAUGUACACCGCCGCGUCGGCCGGAGACUUGGGUUUCGUCAAAGAACUGCUUGAGAGGGACCCUUUACUUGUUUUUGGAGAAGGAGAAUUUGGGGUCACUGAUGUGCUUUAUGCUGCUGCUAGGAGCAAGAGCUGUGAAGUGUUCAAGGUUGUUUUCGAUUUUGCGGUCUCACCGAGGCUUUCGACGGGGAAAGGUGGGGAAUUGGAGGAGCAUAUCGGGGAGAUUCCUUCGCUUUAUAGGUGGGAGAUGAUGAACAGGGCUGCUCAUGCGGCAGCUAGGGGAGGGAAUCUGAGGAUUCUGAAGGAGCUUUUGAGCAAUUGCUCUGAUGUUUUGGCUUAUAGAGAUGCUCAAGGAUCCACCAUCUUACAUGCAGCCGCGAGCAGAGGACAGGUUGAGGUAGUUAAGUACCUUACAGAAUCCUUUGACAUCGGCGGCUCCACAGACCAUCAAGGCAACACAGCCCUCAACAUUGCUGCUCUCAAGGGUCAAUUAGCCACAGUCCGAGCCCUGAUAUCUGCUUCACCCUCCUCUGCCUUCAUCCGAAAUGGUGCUGGAGAAACCUUCCUCCACAUGGCGAUUUCAGGGUUCCAGACUCCCGGCUUCCGAAGAUUAGACAGGCAGAUGGAGCUCAUGAAGCAAUUGGUACAUGGAAAGGCUUUGGAAGACAUCAUAAAUGCAAAGAACAAUGAUGGCCGAACUGCUCUUCACAUGGCGAUCAUCGGGAAUGUUCAUUCGGAACUGAUUGAGCUUCUGAUGACUGUCCGCUCAAUCGACGUGAAUGUACGAGAUGAAGAUGGCAUGACCGCACUCGAUCUACUCAAACAGCGGCCACAUUCUGUAUCAUCAGAUAUCUUGAUUAGACAAUUGAUUUCAGUUGGGGGAAUGUUUGGAGCUCAGGACUUCACGGCCCGAAAAGCCAUCGCUUCCCAUUUGAAGAUGCAAGUCAAUGGAAGCAGUCCAGGGACAUCCUUUAGAAUCGUCGAUAGCGAGAUAUUCUUGCAUACAGGCAUUGAGAAUGCAUUAGAUGCCAAAGAUCUGGCUAUCCCGGGAAUUGCUUCAUCUUCAUUCGACUCAACCAAUGAGAAUGAUAACUCGUUCAUUUGCAAGAAACCGGGCACUGCAAAUUCUGCUGCACAGCGGCUCAGAAAGGUUCUGUUGUGGCCUCGUAAUAGAGAAAAAAAUACCGAGAGAGGUAAAAGAUCGGGCGAGGCAGGAUCGGGUAACUGUAGCUCAGACGAAACUCCUGUCCCCCUUCGGCAGAGAUUCGCGAAGCCCUCUUCGCUUCCUAACCACAAGAGGACGCUCUCAGUGAGGAGCGAUAUUUCUAGCCCAUCCAACAGAAAGAAGUUGGCUUCGGGUUUAAGGCAAGGAGUUCUGCAGGCUGUGCCAAACCCGAAUCUUCCGCGUCGGUCUCGUUCGAGCUCGUUUUCAAAGUCACCAGUUUCGUCGCCCAAUUCAGUGAACAACUAUAAGCAGAAGGGUGUCUAUGUUGAACCUGAGGUUGCCGGGCCAUCAUGCUCCAAGGAAGAAGUCAUUACAGACGGAACUUCGAACCCGACGGACAAACGAGGCUCCUUCCGCAAGAAAUUUAGGGGCCAGUACUUCUGUUUCGGGGCUUCGAGCCUAUCUCCGAGAACACCGGUUAUAAGGAGACGGUGCCAGAAUCAGGCUUACAAGUGUCCUGUCCCUUCAGUGGCAUGAUCGAAAAGGGGACCAUGAGAUUCGAGUUCGCACCCGUGAAGACGGCCGCCGAUCUUCAGUCGCAACAGCGUGGGAGUGACUGCCUAUCAUGUAUCAGAUCCUUAUGUUCAUGUCUUCUUGAUGGGCUCUUGAAUCCCUUAAGCUGUUUAUUUUGUGCUAAGAAUGUUUGUGUAAUUUCCUGGUCAUCGUCCUAUGUAAUGUAAAAUCGCAUAAUGCUGUUGAACAUUGACU